CGCUCUAGUAUUAAGUUUAUACAAAAUGGAUUUAUCUUUUUAAAAAGUGCAAUAUAAGAAUUUUGAAAAAUGUAUUACAUUAUUUUAUUAUUGUGUAUAAUAUCACCUUCUUAUGGGCAGCUCGAUGUGGACGUUCCCUGCAACUUUACAGACUUGAUUUCUCGUGUUAAUUAUACUGCAGCCACUAUAGCAGGCAGAUGGUAUCAAUCUGAAAGAAUCCCGAACGAGUUCGAGUCUGGAGACUGUUCCACCGCCACCUUCACCGCUGUCAUGUCGAAUGGUCUCCCCAAAGCUCUGGAGUUCUCUAACAAGGAAGUGGUCAACGGGAGUCUUGUCCACCGAAACGCUACAGUUCAUUUAAGUAGCACUUACUUUGGUGUAUUGAACUUCACUUUUACCGACGGUAACUCGUACGACUACGUUAUAGUACCAGUGACGCCGUAUGAGUACGAGAGCAUGGUGUUGUACAGUUGCCAAAACAAUGGAAACGGAAGCUUAGUAUGGGCAUGGAAGAUGAACAAGAACACUGUCCAGUCACCAGAAGCCAAGAACAAAACUGAGGAGCUCAUCACUAGUAUCGACAGUCUAACCAACGCUACGUGGAGGAUCACUUCGUUUAGCGACACUUCUUGUAAACUUAACGGUGGAUUGGCUGUAAAUGCUGGAGUAUAUCUUGUCAUAGCGCUAUCAUCAUUAUUUUUGAUUAAAGGAAUAUGUUAAUAUGGAUUGAAUGCCCUAAGAUGUGAUCCUUAUCCACAAAUUUCUGGAGUGGAGA